AUGGAGGUACAACAUCUGGAGGGAUUAGCUCAACACAGCCGGACCAAAUCUUUUGAAACUCGUUUUAAUAAUUUGGAGAGGAAUUUGGAACUUUUUCAGGAAAAUGCUCGUCAUAUGGGUGUAAUUGCUAGUGAUUUUAGUGUACAGAGUCAAGAACCGUUAAAUCAAAAAGUUCAGACGCUCGUUUCUGGUCUUCAAGUUUUGGAUCAAUUAAAAAACCAAUUUGUCGAUGUUCGCGUACCUAUUCGUUUGUUGGAUAUUUUGGAUGAAGGAAACAAUCCACAAUUAUUUACUAAGGAAGCUUUAGAGGAUACGAGGAAGAGAAAUAAAGAGGUUUUUUUAAUUUUUUGGGAUUUUUAGAUUACGUUAAGUGUUGGGGGAAGUCUUUUUCUUCCCGUAGUUUUUUUCAUUUUUUGGAAUCUACUGACUUUUUUUAUUUUCCAUUAAUAUUC